GCGCGUACGCAUGCGCAGUGCUGCCCGGGCCGGGGACGCGUCAGUGACAGUCGGUGAGCUAGUUUAGUCUGCAGUGUGUAAAAGCUCUCUUGUUGUGAGUAAUUACAGCGUUAGCACUGAUCAUCUUCUGGAAGAUGCUGGUUGAGUUACUGACGUGCUGUCACGUGUCUGAGCGUUCACAGUGAAUCGUUUAAACACUGUCGGAGAACAUUCGCUGUGUCCUGAUCCACACCUUCCUGUGUAAAGCAGCUGAACCCCUCCCACCCAUCCAUCCGUCCUCUCAUCCACCCAUCCAUCCACCCAUCCAUCCAUCCAUCCAUCCAUCCAUCCAUCCAUCCACUCAUCCACCCCCCAGAGGAUGUGCCUGCUUUGUUUCUCAUGCACUGUGCUUCACUGUCCCGUUGCAGGUAGGAAGCGCGCAGGGGGACGUCACUGAGGAGUGAUGCCUGUAGAGAGCGGAAACAGCGCAGUCGCCCGUCAAGCCAAGCAGAAGCGCAAGUCGCACAGCCUCUCCAUCCGGAGGACCAACAGCACCGAGCAGGAGCGGCCUUCCAUCCACAGAGACAUGCUGGAAGCUCAGGACUCGAAGCUGCCCAUGGCUCUGAGGAGCACGUUACUGGACCUGUUUGGACAGAUUGAGCGCGAGUUUGAGAAUCUGUACCUGGAGAAUAUAGAAUUGAGGCGAGAGAUCGAGUCCCUGAACGAGCGCUUGGCCGGUGAGGGUCAGACGGUCGAUGGAGGAGACCUGGGGAAAGGAGCACUGAAGACUAAAGCCAGUCACAGUACGAGUCAGCUGUCCCAGAAACUGAAGACCACAUACAAAGCCUCCACCAGCAAGAUCGUGUCCAGUUUCAAAGCCACCACAUCACGUGCCGUGUGCCAGCUGGUGAAGGAGUAUGUAGGCCACAGGGACGGUAUAUGGGACCUGAGUGUGACCAGGAUACAGCCGCUGAUUUUGGGUACUGCCUCAGCAGACCACUCUGCUAUGCUGUGGAGCAUCGAGACAGGAAAGUGUCUGCUCAAAUACGCUGGCCAUGCUGGAUCAGUUAACUCGAUCAAGUUUCACCCCACAGAGCAGAUGGCUCUUACAGCAUCCGGUGAUCAGACAGCUCAUAUCUGGCGCUACCUGGUGCAGCUGCCUUUGCCUCAGCCUCCAGCCGACACCAGUGCGUCGCUGGAUGACGACGUGGAUUUCUCCGAUAAGGACGACGCAGACGGAGACGCCGACGGACCGAACGAGUGUCCCACAGUGCGUGUAGCCAGCACCACUCUGAAGAGCCACCAGGGUGUGGUGAUCGCUGCCGACUGGCUCGUCGGUGGCAAACAAGUCGUCACCGCAUCCUGGGACCGAGCGGCCAAUUUAUACGACGUGGAAACCUCCGAACUCGUCCACACACUCACGGGUCACGAUCAGGAGCUGACCCACUGCUGCACUCACCCCACCCAGCGGCUGGUGGUCACCUCAUCCCGCGACACCACCUUUCGCCUGUGGGACUUCAGAGAUCCGUCCAUCCACUCGGUCAACGUCUUCCAGGGCCACACUGACACGGUGACGUCAGCUGUGUUCACAGUAGGAGACAACGUGGUGUCUGGCAGUGACGAUCGCACCGUCAAGGUGUGGGACCUAAAGAACAUGAGGUCGCCGAUAGCAACCAUCCGCACCGACUCGGCUGUAAACAGGAUAAGUGUCUCAGCGAACCAGAGGAUCAUCGCACUGCCCCACGACAACAGACAGGUCCGGCUGUUCGAUAUGACCGGGGUUCGACUGGCCCGCCUUCCACGCAGCAACAGACAGGGUCAUCGGCGCAUGGUGUGCUGCUCGGUGUGGAACGAAGAGAACCAGGCGUGUAACCUGUUCACGUGUGGCUUCGAUCGGCAGGCCAUCGGCUGGAACAUCAACAUUCCCGCUCUGCUGCAGGACAAGUGAACAUACACACACACACACUCACACACACAGACACACACACUCACACACACACACACACACUUUCCUCAUACCUACAUGAAGCAGGCACGGUUAAGCACACAAGACUCUCUUUAUCGAUGUAUUGAUUUCUCGUGUGUGUGUGUGUGUGUGUGUGAAUGAUGAGCACACACACUGCCAGCGUGACAAUCACACACUUUAACGCUGACUCACAUCAGUCAGGUGGAUCAUCGUAUAGUCAGAGUGAGAGAUUUCUGCCUGCUUCUGUUCCUCCUUCAGGUAUUCAGGUGGGUGAUAUAGCAACAUGGCAACCCGGCUGAACGCUACACAACUGCGCCAUGACACAAUUUCCUCACAAUAUCAACACACUAGUAUGAAAUAAAAAAAAUAAAUUAGUAAAAAAUUAUUAAAAAUAAAUAAAUUAAUUAAUUAAAUUUCAGCUACCUGAAAUCUGCCUAGCAACAGGAAUCUGAUUGGCUGACAGCCUUUUACACCUUUACUACCAGUUUCUCUGAAGACUUCCUAUUAAAGUAAGGAAUAAUACAAAUAGGGGGCGUGCUUUUAGAGGAAAAUAAUCAACGAUGGGACGGAGUGAUACCUCUACAUCGUAACACAAAUUCAGUUCAUUUCCUCUAAGUGUUUUAUUCCUCUUUUAUUCCACCAACGAUUACGCCGCUUCAUUAUUGUUCUGUUUAUCUAAUUAAAGUUAGCGUUUACGUUAUAUUAAAUACAAUCAGCUCUUCUUUUCCUUUCUUUUCUUUACUUUAAUACGUAUGGAUCAUCUGACUGAGAAACCGGGAAGUGUAAAUAAAGCUCUGACACUGGAGACUCCUUCCAUAACUGAUCUCAUUAGACAAAAAUUCACCGUUUUAUUAAUCUAUUAUUAACUUCGUCCUCCACCGUGGAAAUGCCUGUUAUUGAGCCUUUUACUAGAAACGAUAGCAUAUUAGGAUAAGCGCUUAAAUGUUAAUGUUAAUAUUUAUAUUAAUGUGAUUUCAGUUAUGGUCAGAAAUAUAAUGUGCCUGAGCCAAAGCAACAUCGUCUGAUUUCAGGAUUUAACACCACUUAUCUUCUCAUAUACACCGAUCUGGCAUAACAUUAUGACCACUAACGUGCCGUGAAUAAGACUGAUGAUCUCCUCAUCAUGGCACCUGUUAGUGGGUGGGAUGUAUUAGCCAGCAAGUGAACAUUUUGUCCUCAAAGUUGAUGUGUUAGAAGCAGGAAAAAUGGACCAGCGUAAGGAUUUGAGCGAGUUUGACGAAGGGCCAAAUUGUGAUGGCUAGACCAGUGGAUCAGAGCAUCUCCAAAACUGCAGCUCUUGUGGAGUGUUCCCGGUCUGCAGUGGUCAGUAUCUAUCAAAAGUGGUCCAAGGAUGUGAACCAGUGGUGAACCAGUGACAGGGUCAUGGGCGGCCGAGGCACAUUGAUGUGCAUCGGGAGCGACGGCUGACCCGUGUGAUCCGAUCCAACAGAAGAGCUACUGUUGGUCAAAUUGCUGAAGAAGUUAAAGCUGGUUCUGAAAGAAAGGUGUCAGAAUACACAGUGCAGGACGGGUCAGGGCUGUUUUGGCAGCAAAAGGGGGACCAACAGAAUAUCAGGCAUAAUGUUAUGCCUGAUCGGUGUAUUUUGCUUUAUUCCAUCAUCAUCGAUUGUAAAAUUUAGAAAAAAUAAAUUUAAUUCUAUGCCAUAUCACCCACCUGUAUUGAGUUGUAUGUCUGAGAGGAAAGUUCUCUCGGACACUGCAAUUUUUGUUCUCGCCAGAUUUAAAGAAAUCAGUAAUGAUAUAUUUCUAUUUAUAUAUUUUUUCUUUCCUUUAUUAUCUCUCACUCAGUUCAAGCCAAGAGUAGAGAAUACAUGCUAAUACGCUUCAAAUCCUUGCUUCCUCCCCAGCUCCUGCUCCUGUUAUGUUCAGUCACACUUCAGCAUUACUCUCUAUAUUAUUUUUAGUUCCUUUUCUGUGCUGGAUGUACAGAGAUUUUUAUUGCGCACAAUCACAAUGUGUUGUAUAAAAUACUGCGUUAAAUGUUAAACAGUUACCCUGUGUAAAAAAUGACGGACGGUACUUGCUCGUGCCGUACACACACACACACACACACACACUUUCUGCUGAAGAACAGUAUUGCUUUAAUCAUUUUCUGCAUGAAAAAUCUCGCUGUCUGUCAGAUGCUGUUGUGAUCGCUGUGUAAUUUGAUUUUCCGAAGUGAAAAAUAUCAAAUGUGAACGUGUUAAUGGCGUUUUUUAUGAAUAGAGUUAAACGAUGUGUGUGUGUGUGUAUCACGUUUAAUUUGGCACGACUCUUAUGACCUGUUAGACAGGAGGCUAAACAUUGCGUUAGAUCGAUGUCCGAUGACCGAUGUCUCUUACGGCGCUGUAGGACAAGAACCGUCACCAGACACUAGAUUAGACGUUAUUGAUAUCGGACUAGACGUCCUGUGGUUAGUCCUCUCUCUCUCACACACACACUGUCACGUGGACGUGCGCUGGGCUUGGAGUGUUUUCAUAAACUCGCCGUAAAACUAUAGCGUAAGUGAGACGUCUGAAUAGAAACUAUAAUAAUGUAUAAAAGCUGUGAUGGUGGAAAUGUGUAUAGUGAACCUAGAGAUAAUGUGUUCCACUUAAACACAUCUGUACCACAUGACUACAUGAUGUAAAUAAACGUCAUUGUCAGAAAAUGA